GGAGGAGCACAAUGAGAAUGGCAACAACGACGACCAGCAGAACCCCGAGAACCGCUCCCCUAACCCAGUCCAGCAGUAGGAGUCUAUCGCACAUAUCGAUGGUAAGAGAAUGGGCCUUGCAGUAUUCGAUGGCUACUUCAGCGCCUUCAACUUCGACGCUCAGUCUAUCAAAGCGCAAGCUCGCUGGACAAACACUCAAAUCAACAACGACGAUCACCAAGAAGGUCCCCCAAGAAAGAAAGUCAGAACUAGCGCCGGUCCAGAGCAAAAGAAUCACCCUGCUCAGCCUCGACAGGGCGGCCACAUAACGGUCAUCGACAAGGCUCGCAUCGUCGCCACGGACCGUGGCUUUCGUGUCGUCAACUGCGAUCCAUCAGGUCCACAGGUCGAUAUCUGCUGGCGGAUCCCUGGCCAGCGAAACAUAUGGCUGGCGAGACUCGCCUGCCCGGGGGGUCUAGACAGAAACUCAUGACUUUGUUGGAAGCCCAAACUUCGCCGGACAUGCCUGUCUUGAGCUAUUUGGAGGCACCACGUGACGAAGA